GCCGUCGCAUAUUACCAACGUCAUCACUCUGCGCACAGAGGAACGAUCCUGGCAACAGUGCACGUGCGGUUGUUGUAAACUUUCGCCAUGGCAGGCUCCUUUUCUCAGGAGCUUGAGGAUUUGUUGAAUCCUUUGCCUAAAUUCGUUGAUCCAGAAGAUGACGGUGACGAGGCGACCAAAGCCAAAGUCACAGACAGAUUCACCGAGGACGAUGAUGAAGAUGGGGUCGGCCUCAGUGCUCUGCGGAAGCACAACACAUCCCUGUUGUCAGAGACGGACAGACGGUAUGUGGGGAAGACAGUCUCCCGUCAACAGCUGCUGAUGGAUACUGAGAGAUCUGGUGAGGAGGAGGAUGAUGAUGAUGAUGAUAAGGUUGAGGAGGAGGAGGGCAGCAUAGAACAGGUAGAAGAAGAUGAAGAAGAGGAUUCUUUAGGCGAUGAAGAGGCUGAUGAUGAAAAUGAUUUAGAAGAUGAAGAGGAGGAGUUGGUGGACAGUCAUGCUAAACUGGCGUCUAAGAAAAAGGGCACUGACAUGACCUUUCCUCAGGGAGUGGACUUCCACAAGCUGACAGAGGGCAUGGAUGACCUGGGAGUGAGUGAAGACGAUGAUGACGGUGGCGAUGAGACUGAUGGCAGCGAUGAAGAUGAGGACUCUGAGAUGGAGAAUGACGACGAUGAUGGGGACGGCGAGGACGAGGGAACCGUCCGCACGUUUUCUCAAGAUAAAGUAGACGAGGAGGUGGAGAAAGGCAAGGCUGUGAAGGAGCAGCUGGUCCUGUGGGACCAAAUGCUUGAGGGGCGGAUCAAAAUCCAGAAAGCUCUGGUGACCGCCAACCAGCUCCCGCAGCCGCAAACCUUCCCGGAGUUCAAGAGGAGGGGUGGAGCGGAGCUGGCGGGGGAGCUGAAGAACACACACAAAGCUCUGAAAGCUCUGCAGAGAUCCCUGCUAGAGCUGCACGAUCAGCUGCUGUGGCAGAACACCGACACAAAGAGCAUCGCUCAGGGAAAGACUGAUGAAGACCAGGAGAUAAACAGCGAUGAGAAUCAAGAGGUGUCAGUGCGAGAGGGUGGAGCUCCUAAAAGGAAACUGAAGAUGGCAGAGUACCCGGACUUCAUGGCCAAACGUUUUGCUGCUUUCCAGCCUUACCGCAACGCCACGUUGCAGAAGUGGCACGACAAAACCAGACUGACUCUGGGCAAAAGCAGCAAGGGUUUUGGGGCGUUCGACAGGAACAUAUUGACCCAGGUGGAGCAGGUGCUGAUGGACAAUGAGAGGCUGGUGCGGCGUACGCAAACCCGGCGUACAGAAUACAGAGUCCUGGGGAAAAAAGAGGCGUCUCCCCUCACCUCUGAGCCCGUCUGCACAGAGGUAGAGGAGGUGGAACAGCAGCUGAAGGCAAACACACAUCUCAAUGAUCUGGACGAGGAUAUAUUCGAUGAUGAUGAUUUCUACCACCAGCUGCUAAGAGAGCUGAUUGAACGCAAGACGAGUGCAUCAGACCCCAAUGACCAGGUGGCCAUGGGCAGGCAGUGGCUGGCCAUCCAGAAGCUGCGCAGCAAGAUCAAGAAGAAGGUGGAUACCAAAGCCAGCAAGGGGCGUAAAGUCAGGUUCCACAUUCACAGUAAGCUGGUGAAUUUUAUGGCUCCUGUUGACCACAGCUUGGUGAGCGACGAAGCACGCAGCGAACUGUACCGUGGCCUCUUUGGGCAGAACUCCACCGUCAGGGAGUGAUGAGAAGCAGGUGCUCAUGUGUCGGAACCUAAAAAAAGAGUGCCUUUUUCCACGUCCCCUGGAAUGAUGCCGUGUUGGGACAGAGGCCAUCUCUUUUCAGGAGAGGCCUGACAGAAUAUGGACUACGUAGAGUUCUUCAUAAAUGUUCAUCUGAGUAACAUUUUCAGUAUGUGUUGUUGCUUAAAUGUUAAAUAUGUAAUACAUGAGUGUUUCCACCAAAACAUGUGCUUAGUGACUGUUAUAGGGCUGCAACAAACGAUUAUUUUUAUUAUCGAUUAAUCUGCCAAUUAUUUUCUAUAGCAUUUCUGAAAAUAUUGAAAGAUGUCCAUCCCAGUUUCUCAAAGUCCAUGGUGUUGCCAUUGAGUGUAUACAUAUCUUAAUAGUUUACUGUUUUUCCAGUUCGUAUACAAGAAAUCAACACACUUCACUGCUUUAUACUAACAGGGAAUGAUACAAUACCUGCACUGUAAAACUGCAAUUUUCCAUUGUCACUGCCAAUAAACUUCAGAGGAAAACUUAAUUUUAUUACAAAAAAAUGUUCAUGUUUUAUUUUGUAACGUUUUUCACUCCCCAUACAAUUAAUAUCAUUUAAAAAAUUGUCAAUCAGCAGCACACUCAAAAAUCGAAUUUCUCAGUAUGCAUACUGACUAUAUGACUACUCUUAUACCACCAUACAAACUGAAAACCUGCUUAGAAUUAGUUUGUGUUUGGGAAACAUCUGCAUGCAUUACAUGCGUUGCACGGCUGUUGUGAAUCCCUUAACCCCAAAUGUUAACAUUUUUAAUUUGGCUUUUCUGUAAUUGUUUUUUUAGUCUCAACGUAGUCUAAAAUUUUGACUCUCCACACUGCCAGGAAUAAAACUCGGUGGAAGAACAUUUAAGGUUCUUUUGUGUUGGCCAAAAUGUAGUUGGGUGAUUCUUCAACUAUUGCCAUUUUUGUGUCCCUGGCAGGAAUAAGAAAAACUAAAAC